AAGAAAAGAAAAAUACUUCUGUGGAUGGAUCUGGACUGAGGUGACUGGAUUUGUGGGCGAGAAAACUGUUGCAUCACUCGAGUUUGCUUUCGCACAUCACGGACCUGCUCAUUCCAUCCAAGUGCCAGGGAUGAUGAAAUUUCCUGUCUCCGUGUAGAUGAGGAAUUGCGAACCGAGAAGCUAUAAAUUCAUAGACGGGCUCCUAAAACUGCUAAAAUCAGUUCGCCCGCACUUCUGCAGAGCGUUACUUGUCGCCUCGCGUCGCUUCUUUCAGCAGGUGGAUUUUCACUCUUGGGGCAGAGGGAAGUUUCCUGCGCUCGGGGCGGCCGAGGAGAGGCGCUGUCUGUGGUCCUGAACUCGCAUAUCUCAGCCAGGAGUUGGCCUUGAAGACAACUUCAAAACACCAGCUGGAGUUGGAGCAGCGGUUGUCCCACCAGCAGCUCCUCAUAGGGCUGAAUAUGCUAACUCUGCACAGAGUUCAACAGCAAACGUUGCUUCUGUUGUUGUUCGUCGUCCACCUGAGCAGGCCAGUAUGUGUCGAUGUGGCGUCCGAUACGGAAGCAGUGCUGGGAAGCUCCAUGAAGCUGACAUGCAUCUCUUGUUUGAAGAGGGAGGAACUCAAACCAAACACAAGUGUGAAUUGGUAUUUCACAUCAAGUGAAAACAACACAUAUGACAGAAUUCAUAUUUUUGAAAGGAAUAAUGGAGACGAAAAAAGAGUGGAUGGACCUUUUGGAAACCGUCUGAUCUGGAAUGGUAGCAAAGACCUGCAAGACAUCUCCCUUUCAAUACUAAAUGUCUCAGAGAGCGACCGUGGUAUUUACGAGUGUCGUGUUAUUCGUACGUUUGAAUUUGGAGUCUAUAUGCCAUCGACACUGACAACAAAGAACAUCACACUGACCGUGAAAGAAAAAGCCUCCAAUGACAUUACCGCAAUCUACUCUGAGAUCAUGAUGUAUGUCCUGCUGGUGUUCUUGACCUUGUGGCUGCUGGUGGAAAUGGUCUACUGCUACAGGAAGAUCUCAAAAUCUGAUGAGCAAGCGCAGGACACAGCGACAAACUACCUAGCCGUUCCUUCUGAGCAGAAAGACAAUCCAGUCGCUCCUGUUACCGAAUAAAAGAGCUUUUCAGUGACACGAUAUUAACCACUCAGGAUGAUGGCACAGACAGCACAGUCCCAUCGGUGACACCAUGAAGAUAUUUCUCCCAGACAGCGACGUGAAUCCCGCCAGCCAACCUUCCCUGUGCAUCCACUGUGUCUUAUAACAGAAAAGUGCUAUAUAUAUUUUUUUCCCUUUCCCUCUUCUCUCUGACAUCAAGUGCUUUUACUAUUGCAGUAGUUCAGAGGGUAAAACUGUCCCGGACCUAUUAUCCGAUCAAUAUAGCCAUACUGUAGAAUUUAAGGACCUGCUCAUGUGUUGAUGUACUACCCAUUUCCAAACAGCUAGUGUUGUGAGUUUUGUACCUUGACAUUUACUGCUUGACAUAAGGAGAGCGUCUGCUGUUUUAAAGGUUUUUAAACGUACUCUGCCAUAUUUAUUUUUCUAACCUUUAUAUAGACCUUGUUGUGAUUUUUCAGGUCACAGAGUUCUUUGUACUGGCCAGAAGUCUUUCUAUGAUGGUUGAGUUGAAAAGCUUUUACACUCAUACGUGUCUUCAUACUCUCUGCUUUCCGUUAUGCGCCACAAAAUCGUGGAAAUGCUUAUAAACAUGAUAUUCCGAAAGAAAAAAGACUUUCUAUUCAGCUGAAUUUAUUUGAAGGUAUUUACUCGCCGAUGUAUAAAUCUUUAAUCCACAUUCAGCUCUGACGUCAACGUACAUUCAGUAGAUCAAGUGGUACUGCACUUAGUGCUCUUAAAUGUAUUCUUGAAGCUUUGACUGUUCCUGAGUAUUGCUAUCGAGACCCGGUGUGUGCCUCCUUCAACGAUACAAAACUGUAGAAACAUUUCUAACUUGAUUGCAUCAUGUCCAACCAUUUUCGCUCUGUUGCAAAUACAAUAAUUUAUCUGUGAAUUUUACAUUUUUAACUUAAUAAAUAUACAUUCCACAGAG